CGUAAAGGCGCCUUUUCCUGUUCUACAAACAUUCAGGCUAGGGGCAGAGUAGCUGUAUUCUUGGUGGUUUUUUUUUUUCCUUCCUUUCUUCCGUUUAGUCAGCAGCCGCGUUAGCAUUAACCAGGUUAAACAAUGGUAGACAAGAUGGAUAUGUCGUUGGACGACAUCAUCAAACAGAAUAAACAGCAGAGAGGAGGCGCGGGCGGCCGUGGUGGGAGAGGCGGCCGAGGCCGAGGUAGCGGUGGCCGCGGUGCAGGAGGCGCCGGGCGGCUGGGAGCUAAUGCGGGUGGAGGCUUUGGAGGCCGCGGCGGAGGCUCAGGCCCCAUGAGGAAUCGUCAGAACCUGAGCCGUGGCAGAAGCAGAACUACGCCGUACAGCAGGCCCAAGCAGCUACCUGACAAGUGGCAGCACGAUCUGUUUGACAGUGGCUACAGCACCAAUUCUGGAGGUGGUGGAGGUGCAGGUGUGGAAACUGGAGGGAAGCUACUUGUAUCCAAUCUUGACUUUGGGGUCUCUGAUGCAGACAUUCAGGAACUUUUUGCAGAAUUUGGCACUUUGAAGAAGGCUGCGGUGCAUUAUGACCGGUCUGGGCGCAGUCUUGGCACAGCAGAUGUCCACUUUGAGAGGAAGGCAGAUGCUUUAAAAGCCAUGAAACAAUACAAUGGUGUUCCUCUUGAUGGUCGUCCAAUGAACAUUCAGCUCGUCACAUCACAGAUUGAUGCACAGAGACGAGCACCAAUGCAGGGUCUGAAUCGUGGAGGUAUGAACAGGAACAAGAUGGGGGGCUUUGGAGGCAUACAGAGAGGACGGGGAGGUCGGGGAGUUGGAGGGCUCAGAGGCCGUGGCAGAGGGGGACGAGGCAAUAAUAAACAGCAGCUCUCAGCAGAAGAAUUGGAUGCCCAGCUAGAUGCCUACAAUGCCAGGAUGGAUACCAGCUAAAUGGCCUGAUCUCUUCAGGCUGCAGCCUUUGGUCUUGGCAGCAUCGUGGGAUGUUACCGCUUUGAAAAGCUGGACGUUUUACAUUUACAUGUCUUCAAAAGUGAUUUAAAUUUGUGUACUGGUUUUCUCCUUUUAAAUGCGUUUUUUUAUAUAUAUACCUAUUUUAUUUCCUUUUUGAAAACCUAGUAUGACUGUAGGACUUGAGUGGGGAGGUGCUUGUCUUUACCUUCCCUUUAUAGUUCACUGUAAUAAAACCUGCAGUACAUGGUAUCCAA